GCACGACGGUCGGCCCAAGUAGAUGCGAAGUUAGUGCAACUGUUUCUAUAACCGCUCAGUACAUUUCAGUGUUAGUUUUUUGCUACACAACUGUCCAUAAACCACGAUUCAAGAUUCCUAUGUAAGCUGCUGGAGCGAAGAAAGCAGGGAUUCCCCCAGUGGUUGUGUGCUACAUUGUUUCGUUCAUUUCCGCAAUGGACAAAGAACACGAAGUUUUGCUCAAUGCGUUUGUGAUAGCCAAGAAACGGUAUCGUGUGUUCUAUAAUGCGGGGAUCCUAGUGUGGGAAGAUGAAUCGUCCAAGAAAGCCAAAACCACCGUACCGAUAACGGAUGUACUUUCGGUCGCAGUAUCUAAACUCCCCCACGCCAAUGGCAAACAAUGGAUGAAACGCAGCAAGGCACCUUCAUCACCACCAGCGGUGGGACCAAUUGCACGAAAAGAAGCCCACGGCAGCAUAGACAGCGAUCGAAUUCCAGUGCUCUCCGGUUCGACUACGACCAACACGCUUGCGACGAACACCAGCAACAACAUUCCGCACAAUCACAGCAAUCGAGGCAGUUUGAAUGAAUUAAACGACUCUAAUGAUGAUCGUCGGGAGACUAAUGACUACUUUGAUGCUGGGAUCCAAACGGGAAAUUUCAACUACUUAAUUAUUCAUUAUGCAGCACUUGUGUGUUUAAAAACCAAUCGAUGGCGUGUAAAAUCCGUUGCCCUGCACAACAGUGAGCAUCGCAUCGUGGAACUGUGGUACAAUCGCUUAUCGAGCGAUCUUAGAGAUCAAAACCGGCCCAAAAAUUUGCUUCUGUUUCUCAACCCUUACGGUGGUAAGAAGAACGCGUUGGCCCUGUAUGAACGAUUCGCCAAACCGCUGUUCCGUUUAGCAGAGGUUGACAUUAAUUUAAUUAUAACGCAACGCGCGCAACAGAUCUUUGACAUUGUCACCUCCAAGAGUAUUGUGUUGGACAACUAUGAUGGUCUGGUUUGCUGCGGCGGUGAUGGCACGUUUGCCGAACUGUUCAACGGCUUGGUCACGCGUACGAUGAUAGACAGCGGUAUCGAUGUAAAACAUCCAUCGUUCCUACCGAAACCUAACAUUCCGAUCGGCAUCAUUCCGGCUGGCAGUACUGAUACGGUGGCAUGCUGUCUGAACGGUACCACCGACAUCAAGACUUCGAUUAUACACAUCAUACUGGGGCAGCACAGUGGCCUUGACAUAUCCGCCGUAUACGAUGCGGAUACAGUUGCGCGGGCUGAUGGGGAAUCUCCGACCUCGACGAGUAAACCGCGACCCCAACUGUUGAAGCUGUUCGCUAGUGCACUGUCGUACGGUUACUUGGGAGACAUUGCGUACGAUAGUGAAAAGUAUCGUUGGAUGGGACCAAAGAGAUACGAUUAUUCGGGGUUUAAGAAAUUUCUUGCCAAUCGAGGAUACAAUGCAGAAAUUGUAGUACAUCUUGAUCGGCGCGGAAAACAAGAUCCCAACGACGGUAUUCGCUGUCUGGAUAAGUGUAAUCGUUGUAAAAAGGCUCUUUACGGUCAUGGUGGUGAAGAUGGUGGUACUAGCGUCGAGAAUAACGACAUGGAGCCUUUAGUAGUGAAGGGCAAGUUUCUUAUGGUGAGCGGUGCUAACAUUUCUUGCUCGUGUGAACGAAGUCCACAGGGAUUUUCGCCUUACUGCCAUCUGGGCGAUGGAUUGCUCGAUUUGGUGCUUGUACGUCAUACAUCAAUGUUUAACAACCUGCGACUGUUGCUGACAAUGACAUCGAAAACGAAGAAAAUCAGUGAAUUGCCGUUUGUGGAAAUUUAUCGCACGAAAGAGUUUCAGUUCACUGCGAACCGUCAGCCAGAGCAUAAUGGUGGUGGCGAGGUUGCACCUGCAAUAUCUUCCGAAACAACGCGGCGCUCGAAAUGGAACUGUGAUGGAGAAGUGUUGUUGGAUACGAAUAUAGUUGUCAAGUCCAACUGCCAAUUGAUACAAGUUUUUAGACGUGGAAUAAUACCUAGUACCGGUCACGGUGCAUCGGAACAACGGGCAACAUCGAAUGCAUUGGAUACGGACGAUAAAGAAUCCUGCUGUUUUGGUCUGUGUAACUAAUUUUGGGCUUAUCUUGACGGGAUUUUUCUGUUUUCGAUCAACUUCUUCGUCCUUAGCUUGUAUUCAACUAGGAGAUUCAAUUGUACGUGUCUAUUGUUUCUUUCGUAUUGCUAUCUUAGUUCCUUUCUUCUGAAGCUGUAUCGUGAACGAUAAACUGUGAUCAUAACUUUACUAUUAUUUGUAUUACUCUUAAUACCCAUUACAGCAGCUGCUACAGCGCAAAACUAACACUGCUAUUACUACAAGCAUAAAUUCUUACUAGAAGGACUUUUUUUGAAAAAAAAUGUGCGAACAAACCAUUUUAUAUGGAAUAGGAUAGGCGUAUUGCUGUUUAACCCUUAUCAUCUUGCCGGGAUUCUUAUUUUUGUAAGAUCUGCAACGCAUAAGCAAUUUUAGAUUGUGUGAAAUGGACAAUAUCAUUAGGAAGGUGCAGGACAGGAAAGGUGUAAUAGGCGGUAAAAUUCAUCUUCUUACCAAGGACUUAACGAAUUUGCAUUUGCUCAAUCGAAUGGAACUGGAAAUUGACCCUCGUGCAGUCGUAUUUUAACACAUUCGUACAGUUACUCGGACAAUGUUCGACGGCUUCACGGAUACUCAUUGUACACGCGAUGCAGUCGUGCUCAAAAUUAGUAGUAAUUAUUUUAACCGAAAGCGCCAACCAACAUUCUUCUUCAAACAGUUGAUGAUAUACGAUGCAUUAACAACACAUAGAUAAUGUGGCUCAAAAAUAUUCAUGUGGUUUUCAUGCUAUUUACCUAAAAGUAUCAAAUGAACGGAAAGUGUUAGAAAUAGUUUUCUAUGCGGUUGUUGCACUGGUGAAACUACGAGUUCCUUCGUAGGGUAAUAAGUAUUUCUCUUUGUAGUAUUGUGGAUUAAUGUUUCGAGCGUAGACAAGCAAUGUAGUGCCAGUUUGUGCCGUUCUUGCAAUAAUCAUGAAAAUUAUUAGUCUGUUGUAGAGCUUAACGAUUGCAAUACCUAUUUGUAUGCAUUGAUCACAAAUAAGGAUUAUAAUUUCUUCGUAAGGUAUCGUUUUAAUACUACCAUUAAAAAAAGCAUUCCAUAGGCCGUAUGCUAAUUAUUUCCCACUAUUAGUUUCUAUCAAUUAUGUGAUUUUACUUCCUUUCGUCAAUUGUGGGAGAAGCAAUAGAAGCAAUAAUGUUCUAUCGGUAAACAAACAGUAGUUAGAUAGUAGCAAUGGGAGUGGAUCAAAUGAGUCUAUAGGGGUAGAGGUGAAUUGGUAAUGUUAUCUAAAAAGUGAACAAAAUUUGUGAUUCCUUUAGAAAUGGGGUCUACUGCAUUAACUGAAUGAUGUAAAAAUACAGAAAUCACAAAGACUUGAGCUCAUUCCCCCAUUGCAGCCUUCGAAGGGGAAAAGUAAUUGUAGUUCGGUAGCGUGUAAAUUCUUUUCUAGACUGUUGUGUACGGGAUUGAAAUCGGAACUAUUAUGAUGCUCAAUGCUAAUAAAAACAAUUUUCCUACAUCGGUUUAUCAUCGGUCAUCAUUUGUGAAUAAGCUAUCGUAGAGGUUAUCUAAACAGAGAUAUCCUACUUCCACUGGCAAAAGUGUUCCCUGGGAUAGAUUAGAAACAUUCAACUUAUUGCUAAUGGACGAACCACGAAUUAUUAUCUGAAAUAACAACUUUGUCCAAGCGAUGA